GGACAGGUUACAUUGAUCUAGCCUGGUAAAGAUAUCUGGAGACCAUGACCAAGAAAAGCAUUGCAGUGAUUGGGGGAGGUGUGAGUGGGCUCUCCUCUAUCAAGUGCUGCCUGGAAGAAGGCCUGGAGCCAGUCUGCUUUGAAAGGACUGAUGACAUUGGCGGGCUCUGGAGGUUCCAGGAAAAUCCUGAAGAAGGAAGGGCCAGUAUUUACAAAUCAGUGAUCAUCAACACAUCUAAGGAGAUGAUGUGCUUCAGUGACUAUCCCAUCCCAGAUCAUUAUCCUAACUUCAUGCCCAACUCCCAGGUCCUCGAGUAUUUCCGGAUGUAUGCCAAAGAAUUUGAUCUUCUAAAGUAUAUUCGCUUUAAGACCACUGUGUGCAGUGUGAAGAAGCGGCCUGAUUUUUCCACUUCAGGCCAAUGGGAGGUAGUCACAGAAUCUGAAGGAGAAAAGGAGGUACAUGUCUUUGAUGGAGUCAUGGUUUGCACUGGCCAUCACACCAAUGCUCACUUGCCCUUGGAAAGCUUUCCUGGAAUUGAGAAGUUCAAAGGACAGUACUUCCAUAGCCGAGACUAUAAGAAUCCAGAUAUUUUCACUGGAAAGAGAGUCAUUAUAAUUGGCAUUGGGAAUUCUGGAGGGGAUCUGGCUGUGGAAAUUUCCCACACAGCCAAGCAGGUUUUCCUCAGCACCAGGAGAGGGUCUUGGAUCCUGAAUCGUGUAGCAGACUAUGGAUAUCCUUUUGAUGUGUUAUUCUCUUCUCGAUAUAAACAUUUUCUUUCGAAGAUUUGUGGUCAAUCAUUAGUAAACAGUUUUUUGGAGAAAAAGAUGAACCAAAGGUUUGACCACGAGAUGUUUGGCCUAAAGCCUAAACACAGAGUACUGAGUCAAAAUCCAACGCUGAAUGAUGACCUGCCAAAUCGUAUAAUAUCUGGCUUGGUGAAGGUGAAAGGCAACGUGAAGGAAUUCACAGAAACGGCUGCCAUAUUUGAAGAUGGCUCCAGGGAAGACAACAUGGAUGCUGUCAUCUUUGCCACAGGCUAUACCUUCGCCUUCCCUUUUCUUGAAGAUUCUGUCCAAGUAGUCAAAAACAAGAUUUCCCUAUAUAAAAACAUCUUCCCUCCAAACCUGGAAAAGCCAACUCUUGCAAUCAUAGGCUUGAUCCAGCCCUGGGGUGCCAUUAUGCCCAUUUCAGAGCUGCAAGGACGCUGGGUCACUCAAGUAUUUAAAGGGCUAAAGACAUUGCCCUCACAAAGUGAAAUGAAAGCAGAAAUAACUAAGGCUCAAGAGGAAAUUGCUAAAAGGUAA